AAUUCUGCCUGAUUUGACGCUAUCUGUAAAGAGGCAACAAAGAAAAAGGCACAUAUUCGACAAGCGCUGAUAUCAACAAGACUACCCUUAUCCUUAUAGUUCCUCGCCGGCUGAGCUAUAGUGCCGUUUAAGAACAUUAUCCCCUUUUAAUCCACUUUGCCUUCUGCUCCAUGCAGGUGAGCAGACAGUCAGAUGGAGCAGUGGGCCACCAUCACACGCCAACGUCCUAUUUUAAUGGCUUCGAGGGCUUUUCUUGCGCCCCAUUUUCGCAUUUUUUAGCCCCUUUUAGCAGCAUCUCGACGCAAUCGCUCAUCGACAUGGAGGAGGAAGAUUUGCGACAGCAGAAACUGGAUAAUCAGCGGUCCAUUUUGAUGAAAAAGCAACAAAAGAAGCGUGCUGAUCGUCAGAUGGUGGUGUCCAAUCGGGACGCCCGCCUGAAGAACCGCAAACAAAAAGGCCGUUCGGAUGAAACGCCGUUGUUGACCAGCCAAUCUUUAAGCAACAUCUCCUUGAGCGAGCAAGUGGAGCACGCCCUCGACAACCCGUUGGAUGUUAUCACGCUUGCCGAAAGCGACGUGAAGCCUACGGAGAAGCCUGUCGCUCCCAAAAAGAUUGAUUUGACCACGGAGUGUGAGGACGAGCCGACGGAGAACGACGAGGCGCUCGCGGAAGGCAAGAAGAGAGAGAAAACCAAAGGUGCGGGAGACAAUGAAAACCAGGAUAAAGAAGAGCAGAAAAAAGAGCGAAAACCAAAACGGAAAGACAAAGCAAAAGACCAUCACGAUGGACAAGAGACAAACAAAACGAGCAAACAGGAACGCAAAAAGAAGCACCUGCACGACACGUCAGGUUCCGAGUCGGAACAGACAAGUCCGAAAAAGAACGGAGAGGAGGAGAAAGACGAGUGCCGGACGCCGUCUCCACGGAGAAAAAAACAUCUGGACACUUCGAGGUGCCAAAUCAGCGACGACAGCAAAGACGAAGACGUUCAGACGGACGGCAAACAAAGACGGAAGAGGAGAGGGAAAAACACGCCUAGUUUAGCAUCUCUAAACUCAAAUUACAAGAAGAGUUCGUCUUCGAGCGGCGGCUCCAACAACAGAACGGCUUCUCCGAUAUCAUUAGAGGAUUUGGAGGCGUUCGCUUUACGUCCCGCGCCCAGAGAAACAACCAUUCAGUGUCGGGUCACAAGAGACAGGAGGGGCAUGGAGAAGGGCAUGUUCCCCACGUACUACCUCCACAUGGAGAAAGAUGAUGGAAAAAGGGUGUUUCUCAUGGCGGGGCGAAAAAGGGUGAGGAGCAAAACGUCCAACUAUCUAAUCUCAACAGACCCAACAAAUCUGUCCAGAGACACCAGUUGUUACAUCGGAAAGCUGAGAUCCAACGUUUUGGGGACAAAGUUCACCGUGUACGACGGAGGAGAAAACCCGGAGAAAAAACCUUUCAUCAAAGAGUGCGAAUCUGUGCGACAGGAGUUGGCGGCUAUUUUUUACGAGACGAACGUCCUAGGAUUCCGCGGUCCUCGCAAAAUGACCGUGAUCAUCCCGGGAAUGCAGGAGAAUGACGACAGAGUAGUCAUUCAACCCAAAAAUGAACGCGAAACCCUGCUGGCGCGCCAUGCUGACGGCGCAACGGAAAAACUGGUGACGCUGGUCAAUAAAUGUCCCAGCUGGAACGACCAGACGCAGUCAUACGUGCUCAACUUCCACGGACGCGUCACACAGGCGUCUAUUAAAAAUUUCCAGAUCAUCCACCCGGAUAACGGUGACUACAUCGUGAUGCAGUUCGGUCGCGUUUCCGAGAACGUCUUCUCCAUGGACUACAGCUUCCCCAUGUGUGCCCUUCAGGCCUUCGCCAUCACGCUUUCAUCUUUCGACGGAAAACUAGCCUGCGAGUGACCUUCAAGCGCUACAAUGUAAAGAGAACAAAAGCUAACUUAUUAGCAUUAGCUUUUCUGUGUACACUGUUUUAUAUUCUUUGAAUUCCUUGUCUUGAUACAUCUGCGCGAAUUGUAAAAAGAAUGAUUAAAGCGUUUUCACAAUAAUUUCUGUAGUUUUCUGAGAAGCGUGUCAGAAUCGUCGACUUGGCGUGUUUGGCUUAACCAUUAAUAUAUCUUAUCGCGGGUAAGAAAAGAUAUCAAUCGACAUGAAGUGGAGUGAGAAGGAACAUUUCGACAACUAUUGGACAAACUCUCAUUUAUCAUGAUUUCUCUCGCGCCACUAUCGACAUAUCUUCAUUUCGCAAGAGCGGCUAGCUUGUUUUGCGCCGCUUCGCACAGGAUGGGGAGAGAAAAUCAGAUAAGCGCCACAAGAACGGGACUUCCUCGCACAUAAAUGUUUCUUUUCAACUGAAUUUUUGGGCAUAAUUCAGAACUAUACAUGACUAGUUUCAGUCCUGUACGCGUGAGUAUUUUAUUUCUGCUAGCGAAAGUUGAUUUUUCUGAUGUUUUUGACCAUAAGCGGAUUUUAAAGGGGUUUUGUUUUUACCAACCUUUGUUUGGUAAAAACAAAGGUUCUCUUGUUUGGAGGAGAAAGAAUACUGAAUUGCAUCCGAAGAACACCAUACCCACUGUGAAGCAUGGGGGGGCUGUUUUUCUGCAAAGGGACCAUUGACAGCCAUGGACGUCCAAAUUUCCCCAUUCAUUUCUAAUGACAUUAACUUUGUUUAAUGCUAUUUCACAGGCAUGUUUGUCCAUUCUAUUGAUGCCGAUGUACGUAGAUUCCAUUGACGCCUAUGUAUGUUGAUGCCAUUGACGGCCAUGGACGUCCAAAUUUUUUCCCAUUCAUUUUCAAUGGCAAAAAAGAAAAAUUGAUGUCCCCAAAUUAACAGGAAAUGGCCAAAUAUCAAUAGGACGUGUCCCCCAAACUUCCCCAAUUCCAUUGACGCUUAUGGUGGGUGCUGCCAUUGAUGGCCAUGGACGUCCAAAUUUCCCAUUCGUUUCUGAUCGCAUUUACUUUGUUUAAUCCCAUUGACGGCCAUGUUUAUCCAUUCUAUUGAUAGCCCUGGAUGGGGCUAAGAUCUGUAUUUCCACACAUCAAAGACCCAGAGUAAUUUCUCCAGAAAUUGCAGUUUCUAGUAAUAAAAUAUUAUUCGGAUUU